ACCAGGAGCCGCAUCCCUUGUGCACAUUCACACAAGAGAUCCUCGAGCAGUUGCCAUAGAAUCAUUAUUAGUGGUUGCAGCAUCAUGCCCGUACUCCAGUGUGAGCGGGGAUCUCUUCAGGCCAUGUUCACGAACCGGGCACCUGGGAUUCACCUCGGUUACCCAGGGUACCAACACCAAGUACCACCUAGCACUACAACGGGGAAUCAUAGCGCUUCUACGGCAGCACAGAGCAUCCCCCAUUAUUCCUCGUCUUCCUCUCCGACGGAGAUGGCUUGCUCUGCAGCAGGAGUACAGUUCCCUCCCUCGGACCCUGGGGAAGUCGUGACUCCAACGUGGUAUCAUCACCAUCACCCGAACCCUGGAUUCUACGAUCCGGAAUGGAGUACCCCGAUCUCGUUAACCCCUUCCCCUCACGCUCAUCCUCACCUUCAAAGCCCAUCUCCGUCUCACUAUGCACCAUACCACCAUCAUCAUGGAGCUUAUUCCCGUAUCCCGCCGAUGAUGCAUCACACCCCGGGACUACCCAGCCCGGACGACUACCAGCCGGUUCAACGAGCCGAAAGCGUUCUGGAAGGAUCAGUGACAUCAUCUGGUGGUCAGCCCAGUCCGGAUUCCAUUCCUACAGCUGUUACUUCGGCGGCGAAUGCUGUAGAAUCCGCAAUGGCCCUGGCUUGCUCUGCUGCUCGCCCGCAACCGGCAAGAAGCCCGUACGAAUGGAUGAAGAAACCCUCCUAUCAGACCCAACCCACUCCUGGGAAGACGAGGACAAAGGACAAGUACCGGGUCGUAUAUUCGGAUCAUCAGCGACUGGAACUGGAGAAGGAGUUCCAUUACAGCCGGUACAUCACCAUUCGUAGAAAGGCUGAGCUGGCUUCUCUUCUCGGACUCACCGAGAGACAGGUGAAGAUCUGGUUCCAAAACAGGCGCGCCAAGGAGCGGAAGCAGGCGAAGAAGCGCGAGGAACUGAUGCACAAAGAGAAGAUGGAACACGGGGGAGGCAGUAGUUCCCAGAUUGGUCAAGGGUCACAGGCGUCCGCUGCUGGCCUCUCCAUGGGAAUGCCAGUUCAAGGUCACCCAUCACUCGGCCACCCUGGUCUUGGGAUCCCCAUGACGCCCCAUCACAUCCCACAUCCCCAUCACCAUCAACAUCAGCAGCAGCAACAAGCCAUGCACUUGGCCAAUGGGCAGGGAGCUCCAGACAUCAAACCUCCCCUCGGCGUCUUGAUGCAGGAUGAAUCCGCGAAAACUGUGAUAUGAACCCCGUCCUAAUGUGAUUCCCUUCAUGUUCUAUGUUCCCGGGAGCGUCAAAUGCAUGGGACUCUGAGCUGAAUGUACGAUAUAAACGACUUUCCUUUAUAUACGACUUCUCUCCCUUGCAGUUAUCCUCUGGGAGUCUUUGAGUUUCUUUUUUUUAUGCUUUGUUAUAUACUCCUCUCGUGCCGUUGAUCCUUCGUAGCCAGGUUCCUGGAUCUCAUUAUGCGUUGCACACGUUUGAGGAAUAAAAGAUUCCAUAGCCG